AUGCCGGCACCCAAACGCUACUUUGACAACGACAGCUCGGCGGGCCCUUCGCCAGCCAAGCGCUCGCGCGGAGACGGGCCUUCGCAGCGAGGAGGACGCGGGCGAGGUCGAGGAGGAGGCGGACGCGGCGGCGGCAGGGGCGGGCACGGCGGGCAGCGUGGUCCACCGCGUGAGAAGAAGGAGCCGUUCAAGCCCAAGGACGGAUUCAUCUCGGCGGGUCUCAAGGCCACGGACGCAGCGGCAGAGGCAAAGGAAAAGUCCGACGAUGCCGCAGGCGCCGAUGCCGCAUCGCACCAGACGACCCUCUACCUCACCCACCUCCCUCCGUCGCUCACUUCUCCUCAACUCACCCUCAUCUUCUCCUCCUACGCUCCUCUCCGCGCCGCCUUUGUCGUCUCUUCCAACUCUUCGUCCGACUCGGCACCGGUACCCGACUUUGGCGGCUCCUCAGCGAACGCCAUCUCGCUCAAAGCGGGCCGCGACCGCACGGGCAAGUCGACUUCUCGCGGGUUCGGCUACGUUCGUUUCGUACUCCGCUCUGAUGCGGAAUCGUGUCUCGCUGAAUGGGGCACGAAGGAGGGCAUCCCGCGGAGUCUUGUGAACGAGCUCGCAGGGCAGGAGGGACUGGCUGGCGUCGAGUGGGACAAGAUCUGCGGGCCGGGUGGGAUCAAGGUGCAGUGGGCUAAGAAGAAGCUCAAGGAGGGAGAGAAGCCCGAGGGCGCGGACAAGAACUGGAAGGUCAAGGGAAAGGCGCCUGCGCCCGCUCCUCAGCCCAAGGAGGAGGACGAGGUCGCACAGGAGGAGACCAAAACCAAGUGGCGACCGGGCGUCUGGGACCACAACGCCUCGCGUACCGUUGUCGUGCUCGGCUUGCCUAUGCCUGGCGAGGCCGGCUCAACCGAGGAGGCGGAGGAGGGAGACGAGCAGGACGGCGACGAGGAGAAGAUGGACGUCGAUGCGCAGGCCGAGUCGUCGACUGCUCCUUCGGCGGCGAAGAAGGGGAAGCAGAUCGACUGGAAGAAGGCGCUCAAGCAGCGAGCCAAGAAGAUUGGAGAUGUCGAGGACAUCCUCUUCCCCGUCGAGAUGGCUUCAGGCGAGCAGGCUGCCCUCGUCAUCAUGUACACACCCCGCCACGCGCACGACCUCAUGAGCAAGCUGAACAACCACGUCUUCCGCGGCGUGCUCGUCUCGGCAGCGGUCAAGAGCUCGUGGGACCUGUGUCAGCGUCUCGGGCGGUCAAAGGGCGGAGGACGGUUGCUUGUUCGCAACUUGGGCUUUGACAUUACCACCGCCGACCUCCGCGCCGCCUUCGCCCGCUUCGGCCCGAUCCACUCCAUCACCCUCCCCAUCAACCCCUCAACCUCCAAACCCCGCGGCUUCGCCUUCGUCUACUUCGUCACGCGCUCUCACGCCGAAGCCGCGAUGAAAGCCGUGAACGGUGCGCGUAUCUAUGCGGGUAUGGCGGCGGAACGGAUUGCGAGUGAGGGAGGGAAGGAGGGGAAGAAGAAGGAGGUUCGGGAGAAGAAGAAGAAGGAGAAGGAGAGCAGUGGAGGAGGAGGAGGGGAGAAGGGACGUGUUGUCGCGGUGGAUUGGGCGCUCAGUAAGGAGGAGUGGCAGAAGGCGCAGGAGGCGGAGGCCGGCGGCGAGGCGGCUGAGGGCUCGGCUUCCGAAGGUGAGGACGAGGACGAGUCGGAGGGCAGCGAUGAGGAGGACGAAGACGAGGACGAGGACAGCGACAUGUCGCCUGUUCCGGAGGACCUCGAGCAGGACUCGGACAUGUCGCCCCAGCCGGUCGGCGCAGGCGACCGCGACGAGGAGGGCGAGGAGGAGGAGGACGAGAAGGAUUCACAGGAGGACCAGCAGAACGCCACGCUCUUCGUCCGCAACAUGUCGUUCGAGGCGACCGAAGCCGAGCUGUACGACCUCUUCAAACAGGUCGGCCCGGUCCGCUACGCUCGUAUCGUCUUUGACCCGGUCACGAAGCGCUCGCGCGGCACGGCUUUCGUUUGCUUCUGGAACAAGGAGCACGCGCAGGCUGUUCUCGCCGAGUCCGAGGCACUGAACAAGGGUGUCUUUGGCGAAACCUCGACGAAGAAGACGACGCUCCUGAUGGCCGACCCCGGCUCAUCCUCCGCCUCGCGCCUCACCCUCCACGGCCGUGUCCUCGCCGCCGUCCCCGCCGUCUCGAAGGGCCAGGCCGACAAGCUCCGCGAAGACCGCGACAAGAAGGGCGGCGCAAAGACGGACCGUCGCAACCUGUACCUCAUGCGCGAGGGCGUCAUCUUCCCUACCUGGGCUAUCGCCAAGACGCUCUCUGCAGCGGACAUGGACGCGCGCCAGUCCUCCUUCGACGCGCGCAAGGGUCUCCUCCGCUCGAACCCGUCGCUCUACAUCUCCCGCACGCGUCUCUCGAUCCGCCAGAUCCCCCUCUACGUCUCGGACGGGAUGCUCAAGCGACUUGCGAACCAUGCGAUUCGCGAAUUUGAGCGAGACGUCAAGGCCGGGUUGCAGAAACCCUUGACGGAGGAGGAAUUGGUCACGUUCGUGGCGGACGCGAGUGGCGCGAAGGAACCGACUUGGAACAAGGUCGAGCGGAAGAAGGGAAUUCCGCUCGGCAAGGUCCGCCAGUCGAAGAUCCUGCGGCAGAACGACCGCGUCGAUGCCUUGACGGGACUUGGCCGGUCGAAGGGCUACGGAUUCCUCGAGCUCGGCACGCACGCGGACGCGCUGCGUGUCCUGCGCUGGGCGAACGCGAACAAGGAGGUGAACCGGCUGUUCAGGGUGUGGUGGCGCGAAGAGCUGGACAAGAUGGUCGACUCGGUCGAGAAGGGCGAGGGCAAGCUCGGGAAGGGGUUGAAGGCGGGCGAGAAGGAGGACCGGUUGAAGCGGUUGCAGGAGAAGAGGAAGGAGCUCGAGGAGGAGGAGAACCUCGCGAAGGAGAAGGACGCCAAGCGCGAGGCGCAGGGCAAGUCACUCACGGGCGAGGCGGGUCGCAGCUCCAAAUGCCUCAUCAUCGAGUUCUCGAUCGAGAACGCCGUGACGACCAAGCGGCGCGCUGAGAAGGCUGAGCGGGCGAGGGAGAAGGCGCGACGAGCCAAGGCGCGUUCCGAGCGCGGCGGCGAGAUGAGCGAGGACGAGGAGGAUGAGGAGGCGGAUGGCGACGAGGAGGCCUCGAACGCCUCGCCAAAGAAGAAGGACGGCAAGCGUGCGAAGGGCAAGAAGGGCGGCAAGAAGCGCAAGGCGGACGACGGCGAUGAGGCUGCGUCUGCGUCGCCGAGCAAGAAGCGCGCAAAGGCGGACGCGGGCGGAGACGAGGACAAGCCUGCGAAGGAGGGAGCGCGGAUUGGCAGCCUGAUUGGGCGCAAGCGCAAGAUGAAGAAGGGCAGGAAGUAG